AUGGCUGAAGGGGAACAUAUUGAGCUUAAAUUUCGCAUAUAUGAUGGAACUGAUAUAGCACACAACACCUAUUCAUCAUCAACAACCAUUGCUACCCUUAAGCAGAAGCUAAUUGCUGAGUGGCCUCAAGGUAAAACAAUUACACCAAAGGUAGUAAGUGACCUAAAACUCAUACAUGCCGGAAAAAUCUUGGAAAACAACAAAACUCUGGCCGAUUCCAGAAUAACAUUUAGUGACAUCCCUGGAGGUUUUGUUACGAUGCAUGUUGUAGUACAACCUCGACCGACUAAAAAGAAAUCAGAAAAGAACCAAGAUGAGAAACAAAAGACAAAUUCAUGUUCAUGCAGUGUUCUUUAG